AGGUUCACUAACUUCUACAAGAUUGCCUUUUAUGUUUCCCUCCCAGGCACACUUUUUUUUUUUUACCACAGAGGAGCCGCACUGAUGCAUUUCCUGAUCAUGUUCUUGUGUGUCGGGCUAGUGAAAGGUCUUCCGCCGUGGCUGAAUCCUGAAGUUUCCAGAGCUUUCCGUUUAAAGCAUCUCCCACAAACUCCAUCUCCAGCUCCUAGUCCAGUCACCUGCCGCUAUCCUAAUGACAAAAUGGACACCAUGAUGAAAGAACAUGAAUUCCCGUGUGCAUCAGAUAACCUUUUGGACUCGGUUGUUGUUCAGUUGCUGGUUCGUGGUCCAGACAAGCAGUGCGAACAUGGCAGCAUGUGCAGUGUGAAUGUAGGAAGCAAGCUACAAGUUGAGGUGUCUCUCUCGGCUGCUCUGCCAUCUCUUGGUCUGUCUUUGGCUCUGUGUUCUUUGUCCCCAUCUUCAGAUCCUUUCAAUUAUUCCCAUACCUUGCUUGUUGUGAACGGCUGCCCAGCUGAUGGGGGGGUGUCCUUAACAAUGGUCCCACCCCUGCCCUGCACCAAGGCCUUGCUGACAAAGACCUUCAGCUUCCAACUUGCCCCUUUCUACAACAACUCUAUACAGUUCCUGCACUGCAGAGUCCACUUGUGCUACAAGAAAAAAUCAUGUAGCGGUCGAGCUGGGUCCAAGAGCAUUCCAGAGUGCCAAAAUCCUGAGGACCUCUGUACCCGCUUUAGUGCUGCACCCUUGCUCCUGAAGCCUGAACUCCAACGUACAGUGACCCAACCUCUGCUGGUCACCAUUUCUGCUCCCAGCCGUGCCCCCGACCAGCACAGCGCAGGUGAUAAGAAGCUCCCUGCUCCUAAACAUCAAGAAUCUCCUGUACACGGGGUAGGAAUAGCGGGAGCGGUGGGCGUCACCCUCAGCUCUUUCUUCAUUGGGGUGACAUUGACAGCUGCACUGUGGUGUAUUCACAGCAAGACAGCCCCCAUCGCUCAAGUGACACACACCUCGUGAGGACUUCAUCACCAAGACAGUCAUGUCUCCUCAUCAUGUCUCUGAUCUGACAAUAUCAUGAAAUAAGCAUCUGAACGCA